AUGGAACUCAGAGCAGCUUGUCCUCAUGUCACCACGGUCUUGCCUCCGGAGGUCAUUGCGAGUAUUAUUCGACUUUGCACGCCGUUCACUUUGGCCCCGUUGUCAUUGGUCAACUGGUUUUUCAAUGGCGAAGCUGAGCCCGCCCUUGCACUAUCAGUCUAUCACCCUGACUCUCAGCAACACCGGAUACGGCCGCGACAACGCUUUCGCUUGUCUAAGGGCUCUUAG